AUGUCUCGCCCCACAAAUAAAGGACACCCCCUUUCACCAUCAGGAACAACAAAAGACUCGUCAUCAGAAAAGACCUGGGUAGAUGGUCGAAGGGAUGAGAAGGAGCAGCUAUGGGUGCCAACGGACGUGACCCCCGAUGGAGGCCUCACUGCGUGGUUGAUGGUCCUCGGCGCGUGGUGUGUGUUAUUUUGCAGUUUUGGAUGGAUAAACAGCAUCGGCGUAUUCCAGGCCUACUACGAACACGACCUGCUGCACCAGUAUUCGAGAAGAUCUCAUGGAUUCCAUCGCUGCAGAUAUUCUUCAUCGAUGAGCUCGAUCCUUAGCUGGUUCAACAAAAAGCGCGGUGCAGUGUACGGCAUCGUAGCCUCUGGGUCAAUCAUUGGUGGUGUCGUCUUUCCAAUCAUUAUCAGCAAGCUCAUUCCUACCGUUGGGUUUUCGUGGACAAUGAGAGUCUCAGCCUAUAUGAUACUUUUCCUCCUAAUCCUGGCCAAUCUCACUAUCAAGUCCCGUGUCCCGCCAAAUCCUUGUAAACUAUUCAAGGAGACUCUAGCACGGCCUUUCCACGAAUUCAAGGCGGUUCUGCUGAUAGUUGGGUUCUUCAUUCUCACCUUCAGCAUAUUUGUACCCAUGUAUUACCUGGUCUCCCACUUGGUUGCGAUUCUCAACGCAGGCAGUCUCUUUAGUUGCCUUAGUGCCGGAAUCUUCGCCGACAAAAUAGGGUCGUACAACAUCUUCGUCGUCAUCAGCUACAUAGCUGGCAUCGUGGUUCUCGCACUGUGGAUACCCGCCAUGAGUAAUGCUGGGAACAUAGUCUUUGACAUUCUCUUCGGGUUUUCCACCGGUGCAUACGUUGCUCUUGCCCCUGGCCUAGUUGUGAAACUCUCCUCCUUCGCUGAAAUUGGAUAUCGAACCGGACUCCUUUUCCUCUUCGCGUCUAUUGGAGGCUUAACCACCAAUCCCAUUGCGGGUGCCAUUUGGCAACACUCCAAUGGGUCAUACACUGGCAUUAAAGUCUUCUCAGGCGUGUUCUUGAUUGUAGGGUCUACCCUGGUAGCGGGUGUGCGCCUGCAUCAGACAGGCCUGAAAUUAAAGGCCAUUUUCUGA